AUGCCCUACUUGGCCCCUUCCGUAUCCCCCCCAAAGUCCCACUGCACUGCUCCGGAAAUAUUGCAGCCAAUGCAAGAAACGCUUUCCUUGAACAAACAACGAGGCACAUGCAUCAACUUCGAUGAUCUUGAGAAGAUGGAUAACGCAAGGAUACCGGCAGUCUACGUGAACAAUGAUGUUGUAACGAGUGCCAUGGCUGCAAGACUGGCGACGAGUAUGCUCGGACAUGUACUGUUCUUGAAGAACCAAGUCCCAUUUCCUGUUUCACAGUUGUCACGUAUGCCUGGUGGAAACACAACUACCCGUGCCGGCAAAUUGCGAGCUGAACUACUCACAUCUAUGGACACGUUAUCAUCUCAUUUGAUAACUACCUUCACGGCGCUAUCUACGGCGUAUGCGCUGAGAGGAUGCAAGUCAACAUUUUCGCCUACGGAUACCCAGAGGCAUAUCCUUGCCGGUCGCACCAGUACGACGUAUCUGAGCAUUCUAGUUGGUCCGAGUAUUGGGGCGGCACGAGCGAGGGUUGUAUUUGGUGUGGAUGGGUUGGAAGUGAGGCACUGGGGGUUGAGAGUUGACCAAGAGGAUGAGGCAGAGGAAAGUGAAGAGGAGGAUGCGGAGGACGCGGAGCAGGGUUCGGAAGGUGAUGCCAGCGAGGAGGGCGAGGAGUUGUCCGACGAAGAAGGACCCCAGGGCAGUGACAGCGACUCUGACUCCGACUCUGUGGAGGAAUCCGACGUGCCAACACCCGAUCUCCCUCCACGAUCUCCCUCUCCUCCCUCUUCACUCGUGCCUACGAAUGGAUUGAAGCCACCAUCUCCUCUGAGCACUAAGGUGAUAACUAUUUGCGCUAAGCGACCUCACGCCGUCCCUUCGCCAUCUAUCUCGUUUGAAGACGAACAACAGGCUUUCAGGAUCGCAGAACGCAACUUGGCAAGAACACUUGCCAAUUCUUCUGCCUGCGACAAUGACGGAGGCAUGGACAUGGCUUCUGAAAUGGCACCGACACAAACACAUAUCCUCCUUCGCGCCCCUCGUCGUUUCAGCCACCCCGCUUGGAUACCUAGACAAAACAUGAGCGGGUCUCUUGACGUGAUGGUGGACGAGUUCAGAGCGGACUCGAAUUUGCCUCCGAUCAGCCAAUCCCCAGAAAGGUCGCACUCGAACGCGAAUAAGAAGACCCUAAAAUCAAAGAGCCGUGUGGAAGGAGUGUGGAUUAAGGCGCGAAAGGACGUUGACGGGGGGGAUGGUCCCGAAUCCCGGACGUCGCCGGCAGAUGUAGAUGAGAUGGACGAGAUGAUAUGGUGGAGUUGGGAUGGGAAGAUAGUGGGUUUCGCGGAUUGGUAG